AUGGUCGAUGUCGAUGGUAAACCGUUGGUUGUUGUCAUCAUCUCGCCAGCUCUCCCUCCAGUGCUCGCCACGGGCACCGUUACCGCCAGGUCCGGCUUGAUUUUCUACAUCUUCCGCGUUGGGCUUCGGGGCUUCGACCUACUGCAGGUGCAUCCCGGCCAUUUGAGGAUUGCCAGUGCCCCGUCCCAGUGCCACUUGUGGACUUUCUCCAGCCUGGUUGUUGUCAUUAGCCGCAAGGCCUUCCCCAAAAACGGCGCUGCCAACCCCUGA